AUGUUCUUCUUCGAGCACUCGGACCCGGGUACUGCCUAUUCCUAUGAAGACUGGACAACAGGGCGGACUGGAAAGGCCAUAAUAGGUCCUGCAGAUCAGGAAUACUGGGGCCGGACGUUUGAAACGGGGCAGUUCCUUCUGUCUCAUCCUUGGCUGAAACUCCACCGCUGGGCCUUUGAGCCAAAAGGCAAAAAGGACGAUGACCAUCAAUUCUACACAGUUACCCUACAGGACGAGUUUCGAGACAAAGGCCUCCAAGUUGUAGCCAAGCUCCACAGUAUUGAGCCAGAGCCUGAUAUCCCAUCCUUUUCUGGCGAUGACUGGCAUACUGAAGGAAAUGCAAACGAGCAUAUAGUUGUCAAUGCUAUUUACGCGUUUGACUGUGACAAUAUUACAGAGCCGCGGAUUUCAUUCCGACAGUGGCUCUGGCACGACAGUCAACAAUAUGUUUAUGACAAGAUCGGCGCAGGUGACGAUUCCGAUGACAAUGAAAGUGAUUUCGACCGUGCGGAAGAUAAUGAUGACGAGGACUCCUGGAUAUAUGAGCCAGACCCUGAAGAGAAGUAUGCGUGCUGGGAUGUGAAGUAUAUCGGAUGGCUGUUUUGA